AUGCCACUGCCGAGGCCGACGGGGAGGCUCGCUCCCAAUAGACGUGUUCUUUCAACUUUAGAAGGAUGUAUUUUAUCGUAUGUCGUUGUGGAGAGCGCCACUUCUGCGCUGGAGUACGGCGACCUCGUCGUGGACGAGGGUUCGCCCGUCAACCCAGAUCUGCACUUCGACUCGCAGCUCAUGCAUCUGUACGUGAUGACGGAGAAAAAGGACAAUUCAUUAUGUCCUGAAGACUCGUACGUUUUCCUCUGGCAGCCCCUGCUGCCUCACCAUCAAGGGGCGAGUUCAGCCUGCUAUGCAAAACAAGGUGUAGAAAGCGCGCGUUCGCUCGUGCAUCCGCACUUUGAAAAGAACCGCGCGGCGGCGGCGUCCGCGGCGUCGCGCGUGGGAACCCGGCGCGCGGGCGGGUAG